AGAUGUUCACGUGGAUAUGUGUUAGUGUGUCAGAGGCAGUGCACGGAGAGGCAGGAUGGAGCAGCGGGAAGUAAAGUACAUCAAAGUGAGGGCAUGGCGCGACGACACCGACGACGAGGAGGAGGAGGAGGAUGGAGUAGAGGUAGAGGAGGAGGAGGAGGAGGAGGACUUCUACAGCAGCCACAAGUUUGCUAUUGGAUACAACGAAUUGCAGGCUCGUUGGGGGCCACGCGUGCCUCCCACCUCCACCCAAGUGCCUCACCACACCACCUAUUCCUCACAGCCUCACCUCUCCACCCUCUCCCCACAGCCUCACUUCCCUUCACAAACCCCAAACCAAGAAUCACGUAGAAAAUCCCUCCAUCUUCCUCUCGAUUCCCUUCGUCACCUCCCAUCAUCUUCCCUCCCUUCAUCCUCCCCAUGCACCUCCUCCACCUCCUCCUCCUCCUCCCCAGACAGCUCCUCCCCCUUACUCCUAUCAAUUCCUUCAUCCUCACCUUUCCUAGACUCCUCCUACUCCUCCACCUUCUCAACUCUAAGCACCCCAACCUCUACCUCCUCUUCCUCUUCCUCCUCCUCUACGCCAUCUUCAGACAGCGACUUCAGAGAGGAAAUCAGACUUCUUAAAGAGGGUUAUGGAGGAGGGGAGAGGGAGAGGGAGAGGCAGGGAGAGAGGGAGGGGUCGGGCAGGUUAGUGAAUGUGCUUCGCCAGGUGAUACGCGAGACACUCUCCCACACACACCUGAGAAGACGGCGUAAGCACCAAUCACAGCACGCGUCGCCUAAUGAGCAGGUGGCCGUGUUGGAGAAUGAGCUGGAGGCGUACCGUGUGUUAAGCCGAGCCAAGAAGGAGGCGGCGGACCUACUCAAACACGAGCUUAUGGCAGUUCUGUACGAGCGUGUGAUGGCCCAGGAGGAGCAGGACCAGCUAAGGCGACAGCUGGAGGGAGAAAUCAUGAGCCUGGAGUACCAGCUGCAUGUACAGACCGCGGCGACCCACCACCACCUGGCCACACUCGCCUCACAGCUGGACAGGGCCUUGGAAGAGAAACAAGUCCUUCUGCAGCAGCUCCACCCAUGCCUCUACCUCGCGUGCGGCUCUUCCACUCCUGACGAAGGUUUGGGAUCGGAUGUCUUACCUCCCGAAGGAUGUCUUAUACGCAGAAGGUCCUACUGACACACACACACACACACACACACACACACACACACACACACACACACACACACACACACACACACACACCAGUAAUAAUGACAGUAAUACAUGUGAAGAUAAUUAUUACAGGUAAACCUUUGUGAACAUAAUUAUCUUAAGAAGGCACGAAUGUUUCUUAAGUAUUAAGUGUGUGUAUAUAAUAAGUCUUGUAUUACUUAUGUUUGUCUGCUGUAUAGUGUAUUAUUGCUUACGAUAUUACAGCCUUAUGAUUAAUCUUGAUCAAAAUACUGCAAAUGUGUGUAUAGAUAAAUAAAGAUAUAUAUAAUGUUUUCUUGUUACUUUGAUUCUACUACUACUACUACUGCUACUACAACUGCUACCACUACUACUACUACCACUACUACUACUACUACAACUACUACUACUACUAUUACGUUUACUUUUAUGAUAACUCAGGGAAAAGGGAGAGGGAAAGGGUAAAUUGAAGGAGGAGGAGAAAAAGGAUGCGAAGGAAAGGAAAGGGAAAGGGUAAAAUGGAAAGAAAGGAUAGGAAAGAAAAGAUGGAGAGAAAAAGGAAAGUCGGAAGUGAAGGAUAGUAAGAAGAACAAGAACAAGAAGCACAAGAAAAAAAAAUGAAAAAGAAAAGGUGAAAACAAGAAUUAGGUAACCAUUAAUAAACACAGAAUAACAAACUAGUUCUUUAUUUCACUUUCAUCAUCAUCAUCAUCAUCUUCAGUAGCAACAAGAAUGACAACCAAAGCGUGAAUCGGCAAACAAGGAGAGAAAAAGAAAAAAAAAUAGAUAUAUUCAAACUCUCCGCUCUUGAGGUAAAUAAACAAAGUCGUGAUGUAUGAGGAGAGCAACACACACACAAACACACAAACACACGCAAAUAAUUAAAAAAUCAACACACGUAAGAGACAUAAGCAAUAAUCAUAUUAAUUAUGCAUUCAUAGACGCUACAAGGAACUCCACACCUCUUGGUCGAAUGCUCUAACUAGACUCCUUUUCCUGGUGCCCUUCACAACGAUAACUCUAACCAGCGCCAUUAAUACUUGGAACCCAGUCUUGGAACCCAGAAUAAGUAAUGUUCAUGGCACUUAUACAAAUAUAGAGGCUACAAAGAGCUACUCGACACCCCUUUUUUUGAUACCCUUGGCAACGACCACUCUUUCCAGCGCCAUUUGUACUUGGAACUACGAAUUAGUGAUGUUCAUGGCACUUAUACAAACAUAGAGGCUACAAAGAACCACUCGACACCCCUUUUUUUGAUACCCUUGGCAACGACCACUCUAAUCAGCGCCAUUAGUACUUGGAACCCAGUCUUGGAACCCGAAUUAGUGAUGUUCAUGACACUUACACAAAUAUAGAGGCACAAAGAACCACUCGACACCACUUUUUUUGAUACUCUUGGCAACGACCACUCUAAUCAGCGCCAUUAGUACUUGGAACCCAGUCUUGGAACCCGAAUUAGUGAUGUUCAUGACACUUACACAAAUAUAGAGGCACAAAGAACCACUCGACACUCCUUUUUUGAUACCCUUCACAGUGAUCACUCUUACCAGCGCCAUAAGUAAUGAAACCCAGUCUUGGAACCCAGAAUAAGUAAUGUUCAUGGUACUUACACAGACAUAGAGGAUACAAGGAACCACUCGACACCCUUUUAUUGAUAGCCUUCACAGCGGUCACUCUCAGCAGCGCCACGAAACUAGCUGCGUUAAUUCUUGGAACCCAGAAUAAGUAAUAAGAUGUUCAUGACACACUUUCCCGCCACUAAAUAAACAAACGCUGCGUCUCAUCAUUAGCAAACAGCAGCACGGGGAGAGGUCAUCAACCAAACAGCAUGACUCACUUGCGUUUAUUCCCCCCCCUACACACACACACACACACACACACACACGCUGAAGGGUCAAUAUGGGACGGAGAUGAGCACUGAGGACACGCGUAGCUACUUCGUAUGCCCCUAAACCCUCAACUUUACCGAUAUUUAUAGUGUGUUAUAUCGGGUCGUAUCUCCCCCUGAAAUUUACCUCUCUCUUUUGGCCUUGUUUUUUAUCUUCUUUUGUUCAGAGUAGCAUCUAGCGGGCUUUUUGUUGUUGUUGUUGUUGUUGUUAUAUAUUGCUGAGUUUUCUCCCUUGCUGUAAAAAAUAAUGCAAGCAAGGGUGCCGAAUGUUUUGUUUCUAGCCCGUACAUCAUCAUCACUAUCAUCAUCAUCAUCAUCAUCAUCAUCAUCAUUGUCAGUCUGUUUAUCAUGCCACCGACGUGUCCCUCUCUCAAACGUUUCCACCCGUCUCUGUCUUGUACCUCACGUUUCCAGUCUCAGUAUAAACGUUUCAAUUACUUCUUUCUACUUCUUAACCCCAUCGCGCCAUAUAAUUAGCGGCCUCCCCCCAAACAACGACCAGCCCAUACAUGCGUCCAUACAUACAUAUUUACAUACAUACAUACGUACAAAUACAUAUAAAUGACUAUACUAACCUGUGUUUCGGAAUGCAUACGAAGACACAUGGAUAAGGCCACAUGACACACACACACACACACACACACACACACACACACACACACACAGGAACACUAUACUUAACGUGACUAGCAAAGAUGACACAUUUUUCAUUAAAGGGAAAAUUAAGUUAAUAAUAAUACAUUGUGGUGCUUGUGAGAGAGAGAGAGAGAGAGAGAGAGAGAGAGAGAGAGAGAGAGAGAGAGAGAGA